CGGAGCCCGGACCUUUUCUCUUUCCCCGGAAGGAGAGGGAGCGCGGCUGGGCGCGCAAGGUGGGGAGGUGCGGCGCUGGGCGUGGGAAGGCGGGGCGCGCGGAAGCACCCCUCCCUCCCGGCCUCCUUGCGGUCUACCAGUCUGCCAGCCCAGAUCCGUCACCCAGCCGGGAUCGAAGUCGACCGUGCGGCCAAGGGGGCGCGGCCGGGACGAGCAGCGGGGCAGGGUGUCCGGGGUGGGGGCGCGGCGACCAGACGCCGGGCUGGCCGGAGAACAGACCCGCGGACCUCGGAGCGCACCUGAGAGCGCGGACCCGGAGCGGAUGUGAAACCGAUCAGCGCUGCGGGGCUGAAGGACGCGGCGGGCCGAGGGUUUUGCGGUGGUGCGCGGGCAGGUGAACAGGUCCGCACGCCCAGCUCCGCGUCCGCACGCGCUCUCGCCCGGGUGCCCGCUCCCGCUCGCCUCCAUGGGACCCAGCCCCCGCCUCGCCACCCCUGUCCUGCGCCCGACGCUCUGCGCGCUCGCCUUGAUUGUGGCCGCCGGCGGUCGCGUCGCCUCCGCCUUCAACCUGGACACCCGAUUCCUGGUGGUGAAGGAGGCCGGGAACCCGGGCAGCCUCUUCGGCUACUCGGUCGCCCUCCAUCGGCAGACGGAGCCGCAGCAGCGCAACCUGCUCCUGGUUGGUGCUCCCCGUGACCUCGCCAUGUCUGAUGGCUAUACCAACCGGACCGGUGCUGUGUACCUGUGCCCACUCAGUGACCGCAAGGACGACUGUGAGAGGAUGGACAUCACAGAGAAAAGUGACCCUGACCAUCACAAAAUUGAGGACAUGUGGCUUGGGGUGACUGUGGCCAGCCAGGGCCCUGCAGGCAGAGUCCUGGUCUGUGCCCACCGCUACACCCAGGUGCUGUGGUCGGGGUCGGAGGAGCAGUGGCGCAUGGUGGGCAAGUGCUACGUGCGGGGCAACAACCUGAAGCUGGACCACACUGACGACUGGCAAACCUACCACAACGAGAUGUGCAACAGCAACACCGACUACCUGGACACGGGCAUGUGCCAGCUGGGCACCAGCGGCGGCUUCACCAAGAACACUGUGUACUUCGGCGCUCCCGGUGCCUACAACUGGAAAGGAAACAGCUACAUGAUUCAGCGAAAGGAGUGGGAUUUAUCCGAAUACAGUUACAAGGACCAGGAGGACCAAGGAAACCUCUAUAUUGGGUACACGGUGCAGGUGGGCAGUGCCAUCCUGCACCCUACAGACAUCACCAUUGUGACGGGUGCCCCGCGGCACCGACAUAUGGGUGCUGUCUUCUUGCUGAGCCAGGAGGUAGGCGGAGACCUGCGGAGGAGGCAGGUGCUGGAGGGCACACAGGUGGGCUCCUAUUUUGGCAGCGCCAUUGCCCUGGCAGACCUGAACAAUGAUGGGUGGCAGGAUCUCCUGGUGGGUGCCCCCUACUACUUUGAGCAGAAGGAAGAGGUAGGGGGUGCCGUCUAUGUCUUCAUGAACCAGGCAGGCACCUCCUUCCCGGCCCACCCCUCCCUCCUCCUUCACGGCCCCAGUGGCUCCGCCUUUGGCUUCUCUGUGGCCAGCAUUGAUGACAUCAACAAGGACGGAUUCCAAGACAUUGCUGUGGGAGCUCCGUUUGAGGGCUUGGGCACGGUAUACAUCUACCACAGCAGCUCCAGGGGGCUCCUGCAACAGCCCCAGCAGGUCAUCCACGGAGAGCAGCUGGGACUCCCUGGCCUGGCCUCCUUCGGCUACUCCCUGAGCGGGAAGAUGGAUGUGGAUGAGAACUUCUACCCAGACCUGCUCGUGGGGAGCCUGUCGGACCGCGUCGUGCUGCUGCGGGCCAGGCCCGUCAUCAACAUCCUCCACAGGACCUUGGUGGCCAGGCCAUCCGUGCUGGACCCCGCGCUCUGCACAGCCGCCUCCUGUGUGCAGGUGGAGCUGUGCUUUGCAUACAACCAGAGUGCCGGGAACCCCAACUACAGGAGAAACAUCACCCUGGCCUACACGUUGGAGGCAGACCGGGACCGCCGCCCACCCCGGCUUCGCUUUGCGCAGAGCCAGUCGGCUGUCCUCCACGGCUUCUUCUCCAUGCCCGAGCGGCGCUGCCAGAACCUAGAGCUGCUCCUGAUGGACAACAUCCGCGACAAACUCCGCCCCAUCGUCAUCUCCAUGAACUACUCGUUACCUUUGCGUUUGCCCGACCACCCCCGGCUGGGCUUGCGGUCCUUGGACGCCUACCCGGUCCUCAACCAGGCACAGGCUCUGGAGAACCACACGGAGGUCCACUUCCAGAAGGAGUGCGGGCAGGACAACAAGUGCGACAGCAACCUGCAGAUGCAGGCGGCCUUCGUGUCGGAGCAGGGGCAGCGGCUGAGCAGGCUCCAGUACAGCAAAGACCUCCGGAAACUGUUCCUGAGCAUCAAUGUGACCAACACCCCAAGCAGGGACCGGGCUGGGGAAGACGCCCAUGAGGCGCUGCUCACCCUGGCAGUGCCCCAAGCCCUGCUGCUGUCCUCAGUGCGCCCUGCUGGAACCUGCCAGGCCAACGAGACUAUCCUUUGUGAGCUGGGGAACCCCUUCAAACGGAACCAGAGGAUGGAGCUGCUCAUCGCCUUCGAGGUCACUGGGGUGACCCUGCACACAAGGGAAUUCCAGGCGCAGCUGCAGCUCUCCACGUCAAGUCACCAGGACAACCUGUUGCCCAUGACCCUGACUCUGCUGGUGGACUACACUCUCCAGGCCUCGCUUAGCAUGGUGAGUCAACGGCUACAAAGCUACUUUGGGGGAAUGGUGAUGGGCGAGUCUGGCAUGAAAACUGUGGAGGACGUGGGAAGCCCUCUCAAGUAUGAGUUCCAGGUGGGCCCAGUGGGAGAAGGGCUGGCAGUCCUGGGGACCCUGGUCCUAGGGCUGGAGUGGCCCUAUGAAGUCGCCAAUGGCAAGUGGCUGCUGUACCCCACGGAGAUCACCAUCCGAGGCAACGGGUCCUGGACCUGCCAGCCACCAGGAGACCUUGUCAACCCUCUCAACCUCACUCUCUCAGUCCCUGAGGACAGACCGCCAUCACCACAGCGCAGGCGGCGACAGCUGGACCCGGGGGGAGUCCAGGGCCCCCCACCUGUUCCUCUGGCUGCUGCCAAAAAAGCCAAGUCUGAGACCGUAUUGAGCUGUGGCAGUGUCCACACCCACUGUGUGUGGCUGGAGUGCCCCAUUCCUGAUGUCCCUGUCCUCACCAACGUGACAGUGCGGGCUCGAGUGUGGAACAGCACCUUCAUUGAGGAUUACAGAGACUUUGACCGAGUCAGGGUAACCAGCUGGGCUACCCUGUUCCUCCGAACCAGCGUCCCCACCAUUAGCAUGGAGAACAAGACUGUGCGGUUCUCCGUGGACAUUGACUCCGAGCUGCAGGAGGAGAUACCAACCGAGAUCGAGCUGUGGCUGGUGCUUGUGGCCGUGGGGGCCGGGCUGCUGCUGCUGGGGCUCAUCAUCCUCCUGCUGUGGAAGUGCGGCUUCUUCAAGCGAGCCCGCACUCGCGCCCUGUAUGAAGCUAAGAGGCAGAAGGCCGAGAUGAAGAGCCAGCCGUCAGAGACAGAGAGGCUGACCGAAGACUACUGAGGGGGCAGCCCCCGCCCCCACCCCGCCCGGUGUGACUUCUUUAAGCGGACCCGCUAUUACCAGAUCAUGCCCAAGUACCACGCCGUGCGGAUCCGGGAGGAGGAACGCUACCCACCUCCAGGGGGCACCCUGCCCACCAAGAAGCACUGGGUGACCAGCUGGCAGACAUGGGAUCAAUACUACUGACGCCCUCCCUGAUCCCGCCCCUGCGCCCCUGGUGUCCCCUUCUUCCUUUGUCAUAAGUUAAGUUAUGCCCCGACGGUCCGCAGGGGCCAGAGCCUUUGGCUGGCACCAGUGGGUUCGGGCACACACACCUCCUUGAGCGCAUGCACAUGCCAUCUGACCACAGGCUUCUCCACGCAGGAGGGCUGGGGCCGUGGACUUUGCUACGCCGAGCACACUGCAGCCCUGUGCCCUGGACACACGUGGGUCCCACUGCUGGUGGACUGUGCUUGUGCACCACAGAGGGUGCGUGGACAUGCGUGUGCCGGCCUUUGCCGCUGCCAAAACCAAGCCCAAGGGCCUCUGCCAGAGCCGGGAAGGAAAGGCCCCAAAGUGGUGACCCCUCCCCUACUUACACUGGACCCAUCUUGAGCCAUAGUCACUGGGUGGACUCCGCUCUCGAGACGAAAACUACUGACAGGGAACGGCCCACAGCCUCCAAGCUGUAGUUCCUGACACCGAGAGAGAGAACGCGGGUGGGGCUGGAUCUGCCCGAGGCUGUCCAAGGGGGCGUUUGCAGGACUUGGCAUGCUCAGGCGCGAGAGCAGAAUGAACUAGAAAGAAGGUCACGGGAUGGCUUUCCUUCGUGGACCGCUGCGAAGCCUCUGUCCUCAGCCGCGGCAUGCUCUAGUGGGGAACGCAGCCUGAAGGAACAAGGAUGGACAAGCUGCUAGGCAGCCUGGACACGCGGCGCUGGGACCGCCCUGGGAGCACAGAGGAAUCCUCCACCGAGGAGCGGACUGGCUGGUCUCCCGGGCCAAGGAGAUGCUGGAAGGAUACAGAGGAAAUGCCACUCCUCACCCACCGCUACCGUCCUGGCGUCUGCAGGGCCUGGAGAGACCCCAUGAGAUCGCAGAGGGAGCGACACUUGAAUGUAGGACAGGGAGGGAGCCCUGUCCCUGACCCAUCGGCCACACCUCACUCCGUCCCCGCCCGCCAUGGGCUGGGGGCCUCGAAGUGGAGUUCUUGGCUGGCCUUGGCUUUCAUCGUCAACCAGCUCUGCCUUCCUCCCUAUGGGCUGAGUCCUGAGGCCCAUUCGGGAAGUCGAGGCUGGUUCCGGAAACCCCCUCCUGCCCCCUGCCUGUCAGCAGGCCCCCCGCCCCUUCCACGGUACUGUAGCAGGGGAGCUCCCUCCCCCUCCUUGUGCCUUCUUUGUACAUAGGCUUCUCAUACCAAUAAACAGCUCCCCGUUUGUACACACUGCAGCUGCCUCCACCCCUCACCCCCUCCUCCUCCAUUCUGACGGACCAUGACGUCUGGCUGCCCCCCAGGUGGACAAAAUGCAAUGCAGGGGUCUUAAGGCCGAUGGAGGAGAUACCUCUCCUGCUCUCAGGGACGCUCUAGUCUAAGGGCUGGUCAUACACGGGGAACUGAAAUGCAGAACGUAAGAGGAGCAGGAAGGCUUGAGUAGAGCGGAUGGAAUAAAAAAUGGCUUUUUGGUGGCCAGUGAGCUGGUUCUGGGACAGGGAGCAGGAGGGAGGGUGAUAUGCAGGGUCUGGAAGUGACAGGAAGCUAUGUGCUGUAGAAACAGGUAGUCCUAGGUAACAGUGGCAGGAGCCUGGGUGCAAGGGUGGGAGCUGAGAGCCCCUCCUACCCCUGUGGCUUAACGCAGGUGAGGACCAGCUUUUCUGCCUCGAUUUCCCCCCACCACCUGCAGGUGUCAUGAUGAGUAGAUAAUCAGGAGGUGAACCAGUGACCCAAGGCCUCCUUCCGGGCAGGGUUCUGGGAGCCCUCAUCGCAUGGACACCCCCCCCCCCCCGCCCCGGAGUGCCUCAGUCCUGAGCUGACAUCGCCCCCUCCCCAGCAUCGGAUCAAGCCCUCCGCUUCCUCCUCUGCCCUAGGUUGUUCCCUCCACACAGGCCUCGGGAAUGGAGGAAGGCUCUUUUCCCCUUGACUUCCUCCUAAAUGAUGGCACAGGUCCUUCUAGUCACUUUCCCCAAGGCUGUGGCCUUUGGUGAGACUUCACCGAUUUUAUUACCCGGAGAAGUCUAGACAGAGGUUCUCUGAGAGCCCACAGACCAGGACGUUCUCCGGGGAGCUGCUCCUGCCGUCUGCCUGGGUACCUCCCAGCCCGCCUCAAUGCAGCAGCUGCCUGCCCCCUGCCCCUCCAUAAGAGCCCACCUCACAGAGUCGUGGGCCCAGCGCCCCACUCCCCUUUCUGUGCUAGGAUCUGCCAGUUCCCAGGUCGAUUGGCAGCGGGCUGUCCAGUUCCUCUAGGAAAAGAAACCUCAACCCUUACCCAGAGCUCUCAAAACCAGUCAUCGGACGCCUCAGUUUAUUUUCCAGAAUCUGUUAUUCUCUAGGUCAGCAAUAAUAUGUAGGUUAUUAAAGUCCAGCUCCAGUUGAACCAGCUCAGUCCAGACCGUUGCAGCCACCUCCUGCCUAAGAAAAAGGUGGGAUCGCCUGGCUGGUGUGGCUCAGUGGUUGGUAUUGACCUAUGAGCCAGGAGAUCAUGGUUCGAUUCCUGGUCAGGGCACAUGCCAGGGUUGCAGGCUCAAUCCCCAGUGCGGGGCGUGCAGGAGGCAGCUGAUUAAUGAUUCUAUCUCAUCAUUGACGUUUCUAUCUCUCCCUCUCCCUUCCUCUCGGAAAUCAAUAAAAAAUAUAUUUUAAAAAAGAAAAGAAAAAGGUGGCAUCUAUAUGCAUCCUUCCAGCCAGCUUCAGAGACCCAGCCCCCAGGCUCCUGCGAGCAACUGCUUAGAUGAGACACACACACACAAGAAUAAGUCAUUUUCAGGACUGGUGCAGCUACACUUUUAUGAAAGAAACAUAAUGGCAGAGACAAUGCCCACUUUCAUAAAAGGACCCUCUAUACCGCCAAGCUUCCUGAGCUCCUUGGGGCCACAGUACCUCCCAACCAUUACAGAAGAGGGCCUUGGCUCUCGUAUCCAGGCAGAAGAGACAGCAUUUGCAACAGCUUGGAGACUGGAGGCUGACUCAAGGCAGAAGAGAAGUAUGGUUUGGAGUUGAGCAGUGGAAUAUGGAGAAAUGAGGCUAGACAGUUAAGCCAAAGCAGAUCAUGUGAGAACUUGAAAGGCUCCAGUAAAAAGUGGAGAGUCAAAAAAAAAAAAAGAAA